AUGCAGAUCCCUAUGAUAUCGAGCCCGCUCAAGCAGACCAACGAGAUCGACUGGACAAUCCCGCUGAAACAGCACAUCCGCACCGCCUACGCCGACGACCCCGAACGCUACAAUGACGAGUGCAACGCGCUCAACCGGUUACGGCAGGACAUGCGAGGGGCAGGCAAGGACAGCGCAGCGGGGAGGGACCUGCUGUACAGAUACUAUGGGCAACUAGAGCUGCUGGACCUGCGGUUCCCUGUGGACGAGAACCACAUCAAGAUUUCAUUCACAUGGUUCGAUGCGUUCACGCACAAGCCCACGAGCCAGUACAGCUUGGCGUAUGAGAAGGCGAGCAUCAUCUUCAACAUCUCGGCGGUAUUGUCGUGUCAUGCGGCGAACCAGAACAGGCACGAGGAUGUGGGGUUGAAGACGGCAUACCAUUCUUUCCAGGCGAGCGCGGGCAUGUUCACGUAUAUCAAUGAGAACUUUCUGCAUGCGCCAUCGACGGACCUGAGUCGGGAGACGGUGAAGACGCUCAUCAGCGUGAUGCUGGCGCAAGGGCAGGAGGUGUUCAUCGAGAAGCAGAUCGUGGAUGCGAAAAAGCCUGGUCUGCUGGCCAAGCUGUCUGCGCAGGCGGCUUACUUGUACGCUCAGGCCGUGGAAGGCGUCCAGGAGAACGUUGGAAAGGCGGUCUUUGAGCGGGUAUGGCUGCUGGUAACACAGAUCAAGCAGCACCACCUCGCGAGUUUGGCGCAGUACUACCAGGCCAUUGCGGACUACGAAGCCAACAGCUAUGGUCAGGCUAUCGCACGGUUGCAGGCUGGGCAGAGCGCCAACAAAGAGGCAAACAAGAUCGCGAAUGCCAUGCCGGGGACCAUGCCUUCGAAUAGCAAUCUGGGCUCGGAGACUGGCAUCAUUCUCUCGGAGAUGGUGAGCAAGCAGAAGUCGGCGAUCGCGGACAAGCUGGCGGAGUUCGUGCGGGACAACGACAUGAUCUACCAUCAGACUGUGCCCGCGGAGACGAACCUGCCAAGCAUACCGAAGCUGCCAGCUGCCAAAGCGAUACCCGUUAGUGAGCUCUAUCAGGGCCAGGACAUUCAGAGGAUUAUCGGUCCUGAUAUCUUUCAGCGGAUCGUGCCCAUGAGUGUGACCGAGAGUGCCAGUCUAUACGAUGAAGAGAAAGCGAAGCUCAUCCGAGCAGAAGCAGAGCGCUGCGAAACUGCGGACGACGAACUAGCGACGUCGCUAGACUACCUAAAACUACCCGGUAGCCUGAACAUACUCAAAGGUGGCCUCGAUCAAGAAACCAUGGGUGUAGAUGACGAGUUCAGAAACUGGUGUGCAGAGCUGGCAGGUCACAGCCCGUUCAACCCUACAUUCGACCAACUUCGGGACGACAAGACUGGUAUCACAAAGACACUGGACGACAGUCUCAAACAGCUCGACAUGGAGGCGAGUGUUUGCGAGAAGAUGCGAAGCAAGUACGGCAGCGACUGGACACAACAGCCCUCGUCUCGAUUAACGAACACACUACGCACCGAUGCGAAGAGCUACAAGUCUGCGGUCGAGGAGGCGAGCACGAGCGACGCACAGCUAUACUCCUCCUUCCGGCAGUACGAAGGCGACUUUGACGAAAUGCGGUCUGCGGGUGAGACAGACGAGGCGGAUGUGUUAUAUCAGCGGGCUCUUAUCAAAGCCGGUGCCGGAAAGAAGAGUUCUGCUGUGCAGAGUCCUGGCGCAGGUGGUCAUGAGGAAGGCAACCUGCUGGACGACGACUUUGCGGAUCAAAAUCAGCUUAGCGUCGCUGAACAGAUACAGCAGGUUGAAGAGCUGAUACGGAAGUUGCAGCUGGUGAAGAGGGAGAGGACGCAGGUGCUGAAGGAUCUGAAGGAGAAGAUACACAACGACGACAUCAGCAACGUCCUCAUCCUCAACAAGAAGGCCAUCACCAACCAAGAAGCCCAGCUUUUCAAGUCAGAGCUCGAAAAGUUCCGACCACACCAGAAUCGCAUUCUCCAAGCCAACCACAAGCAGUCAGCCCUUAUGAAGGAACUGACCAGGACUUACUCCGACUUACUCCAGGACAAGCGAGUGAGCAGAGAGCAGAACAAGUACGAGGCUUUCUCGCGGCAACGCAACAUUGUCUUGACCAAGUAUCGCAAAAUCUACAACGCCUACACAGACCUGCAGACCGGCCUGCAACGCGCCCAGCAGUUCUACGACGAGAUGAAGGACACUGUGGACAGCUUGAAACGCAACGUCGACUCCUUUGUCGAGAAUCGCAGAAGCGAAGGCGGCCAGCUCCUCAACACCAUCGAAGCCUCGAAAGGCAGCGGAGCAGACCGCGAGCAAGCAAGGUUAAAAGAGCUCAUGGAGCGCAUGAGCGUCAGCCCGGGCACACAUCACUCGCAAUCUCCCGUCCCUACACCAACACCCUCCGAUCCUCGACGUCCGCCACCUCUGCAAUACAUGAACAACCAACAACCUGGGAUGAGCGGCGGCUACAAUCCCGCUCGCAGCCCGCCCAUCACACCCGGCUAUCAACCCAACGGCUCGCAAAGCCAACAACCUUCUUACCCCUCCUUCCAACCUCAACCCCAACAACAACAGCAGUCACAAAAUGGUUACAACCGCCGCGAAUCCUACCACCAACCCUACCACCCCCAACAACAACAACAACAAUCCUACAACCCCGCCUCCCCGCCCGCACACCAACAAUACUUCUCCCCUCCCCCUUCAUCAAUGUACCAAUCCCAGCAGACGCCUUCCACCACGACCUACGGCCACUCCCAGCAAAGCGGAGGCUACGGACAGUCGAUGCCGCCUGGCUGGCAACCGCCUCCGCCACCGCCUGGGCCGCCGCCGGGGGGACAGGAUUACAGCGCGUUGCAAGCGGGGGUGUAUCCGAGUGGGCCCGGGGGGUAUGCUAGUGAUCCGAGGAGGGGUGGGCAGGGGCAGCAGGGACAGCAGCAGCAACAGGAUCCGUGGGCGGGGCUGGGGGGGUGGAAGUGA